UUAGUAGUUACCUAACUUCAACUUCAAUAUUUACUUCCUUUUCUUUCUUCUCCUCUCCACCCCCACUCUUACUAUCAGAUGCUUUUGUCCUGAGAGACAAAGAAGACUCCCAAGAAGCCAAUGUAGGAGGACUAAGGAAUCUGGCGAUAUCAUGUAUAAGAACCAGCUGCAGGAGCUUGCACAGAGAAGCUGUUUCAACCUGCCUUCCUAUGCGUGCGUCAGACAAGGACCAGAUCAUGCACCCAGAUUCAAAGCUUCUGUCAACUUCAACGGUGAGAUCUUUGAAAGCCCGAACUACUGCACCACAUUGAGACAAGCAGAGCACGCAGCUGCAGAAGUAGCCCUCAAUAAACUCUCCACAAGAGGCCCUUCCAGGUCUCUCACUGCAAGAGUUCUUGAUGAAACUGGAAUUUACAAAAACCUCCUUCAAGAAACCGCUCACAGAGCCGGGCUGAAGCUCCCUGUGUACACCACCGUAAGAUCAGGUCCUGGCCAUGUCCCAGUUUUCACUUGUACUGUAGAGCUUGCUGGCAUGAGUUUUACAGGUGAGGCAGCCAAAACCAAGAAGCAAGCCGAGAAGAAUGCUGCAAUUGCAGCAUGGUCUGCCUUGAAAAGAAGGUUGGGGCCAUUGACAGCUAAAGAAGCAGAAGAACAGGACCAGGCAGUUGUGACAGGGGUGCUCUCAAAUUUUAGACCCAAAGAUGAUCACAAUAGCAAACAAUUUAUAAGGAGGAGAGAUCAAAUUCAAGCAAGGAGAAGAAUGGUCAGGGGCCAAUUCCACAGAGACAAUACUAUUGCCUCUACAUCAUCAUCUCCAUCAUCAUUAUCCUCCACAUCCAGUGCUGCUAACUCUCUACAGAAUCAACACUGGAGGCUGAUAGAUCUGUUAACAGAUUUGGUUCCAGAAGUUUCAAAGGAGAAGCAAAACAGCUUUGCAUCUCUGCUUCCUCCACCCCCACCAAGAACAGCCUCAAAGAUUUUGCCACCAACUACACUGCUCAACAAAGACAACUCCUCUUCCUACACAUUAUCCAAUUCCAAUUAUAGGCCUAUCCCAGUACUACAAGUUAAUGUGAGGAGGGGAUCACAAGUUAUUCCACCUCCAUUGGAAGACCACCAAAGGGAUGAGGAAGAAUGGCUUGGUACUGGAAAAUCAGAUAUCAUUAUUAGUAACAACAAGGCCAUUGAAAAGGAGGGUCCUAGUAAUUCAAAUUCAAGUUCUGCAUAUAGACAAUUUCCAUUAGGUCCAAUGAAGGCAUUGCCUACAAGUAGCCACAUGAUGGACAGAGCCAUGUACACUGGAGGUUUCAGCCCGCACAGGAUUGCCCCUGCAGUUCAAAUCAGAUCAGUGAUCCCAGUUUGUGCAGCACCACCAGCACCACAAUCAAACCCUUCAAGAAUGAUGUCAAUGAAAGACACUUCACAGGCAGCCUUAAGUGCUUCUUCUUCUUCUACAAAUUCAGUGCCCAUGCAACCAGGAACAGAGGUCUCCUCAUCAGCCAGUUCAAAGUUCAAAAUGCCCGGGUCAAGCUCAACUCAGCUGGGUUCUGAGUUCAACAAGCUACAGUUAGGAGGAGGAAAAGACAGUAAGAUAAUCUGAAUCUCCUAAAUGAAAUGAACCCAUAAUUACAGUUGUCUUUUUACUUGGAUGGGAUGGGAUGUUUACUAAACUUGUGCUUGUGGCCUCAGAAACCCAUGAUUUUUGUGUCAUGGUGGAAUCUCACAUACUUUUCACCUUGGCAUGGCAUGUAUUAAAUUACUGCUUCUUCCCACUGCCCAGAGAGAGAGAGAGAGAGAUGUAGAGACGUAGAGUGAGUAGCAAAGCAAUAAAUGAGAUAUGGGAGAGUGGUUGCAGAGGAUAAGAGGGGAGAGAGAGAGAAGUUAGGAGGCAGAUGAGGGUAGCAAUUAAGGAGCCUGAAGAGGGCCAACAGACACUUGUAGCGAUUAAUGCAAGCAAUUAAUUUACCCUCAGAAAUAUUUAAUGCUUCUGUCUUCACCAUUAAUGCUCUCCUUCCUAUCUCUCAAGGAAGACAGAGAAAGAGAGAUAUAAUAGGCAGAAAGAGAGAUAUAAUAGGCAGACAGCUUUUCUUCAUCUUAUCUUCUUCCUUUUGUUUAUUUAAUAGCUAGCGAGAAGCAAUUGGGAGACUUUUGAUACUUGGUUGGAGGAGGUUAUUGUAUAAUAUUUUGAAUGAAUGAAUGAGAAAGAAAGUAGCCGUUGUGUUGUGUUGAUA